AUGAUUACGGAACAACUAUCAAUUUUUAUUCAUAAUCAAAAGAAAAAUUCAAUAAAAUUAGCAGUUGGAUGUGAACAAGGUCAACAUCGAUCAGUCGCUGUUAUUGAACGACUAGCUGAAUUGUUAAAAGUAACUUACAAUGUAGAAGUAAAUCAUCGAGAUUUACAAAGAAUAAGAUAUGACAAGAAGAAACAAAAAGAAAGAAAACAAAAUAGAGACAAAAAAUAUAUUGAUUAUGAUGAAAAUAAUUAA